AUGCGGGUUGAAGAAAGGGAAGCUAAGAUAUUAUACCAGUGUCAGAAAAGAUCAGAAGAUGCUAUUGUCUGCUAUCAAAAAGCUCUGAGCUAUAUUGAGAAGUGUAAGGGUGAAACCAAUCUGGAAUGUAUUCCUGUACACAAGAAAAUGGCAGGAGUAGCACAGGUUCUUGGGGAUCAUGCAACAGCAAUCCAGCAUCUGGUAAAGGCUCAUUUCAUUGCCCUGAGAAAAAGCCCUUCUUCAGGGGAAGCAGCAGAAACUGCUCACUUGAUGGCACAGGCUGCAGUUGCCUCUUAACAAUCAGAGCACAAGGAUCUGGCUGAGAAGUAUUUUCAAGAGAGCAUAAAUGCUUUUAAAGAAGCUGAAGGGAUGGAGAGUGCUAAAUGCCUUGGAGCUGUGGAUGAUUUCUGUCAGUUUCUUAUAGCCACUGGACAGCAGGAGAGAGCAGCAAUAGUGCUGAAAGGAUCGUUAGAAGCUAAAAUAUCCCUAUGUGGGGAUCUCAGCCCGGAAGUAGCAGAGACAUACUGGCUCCGAGGAGGAACAGAACUGGCACAAGGACACACACAUUUGGCAUACAAGAAACUUAAGAAGUGCCUGUAUCUUCAGCCCCUCUUAUAUGGCACCCACAACAAAAGGACUGUUGUAACCCAGGAGGCCAUUGACUUGUCAAAGGCCCCAGAUGUAGCAGCAAAACAGAGACGAUCAGAUAAAAAAAGACCACCAUACUGUACUAUUGUGCAACAGUACUCCAUAGUGGGAAGGCCCAAAGCCAAUAUAUAUAUAUAUAUAUAUAUGACAGGUUUCUCAUGUUUACUUCUGAAGACUGAACCUGUAUCUGCAAGUAUCUGUCAUGCAGAACUGAAAUUUGUUAUUGGAUUAAAUACUGAAUGUAAAGCAAACUUUCGUGGGGAUAGAUUACUUACCUUAAUGGAUACAGAAAAAAAAUUAAUACAGGUGAAUGCUAUUUUUAAUUUUUAUACUCUUGGAUCAUAGCGUUUUAAGAUCAUGUAAUAACAGCCUCUUCAGUUUUCUCUCUGUGAAAGAAAAAUAUUUUUUUUUCCUGUUUGGAAAUACAAAACUGCCUCACUAAUAACAUAAAUUUACAUCAAAAAUAAGAUUCAGGCAGGCAUUGCUGUUUCUGCACUGCACGCUUAUAGUUUCUUGAACAAAUCUGGAUUUUAAUUUUUUCUAUUUGGUCUAUUCAUACAGGCACCCUAUUACCUUGAUAGCCAUGCACCAUUAACUGCAUUGUGCAAAAACUGUUAAAAUCUUUUUGUUUGGUUUGUUAAACACAAUAGGGUAUGAGUUAGGAAAAUAACCCCACCCCCAAAAAAGUUGACAAUAGGGUGAGGUAUUUUUUUCUUGUUUUUAAAGAAGUCUUUCUUUUGUAUCAGAUAUGUGUAACUUUAAGCAAGUUCUGCCAUGUGAAGAACAUCUAGGGUUCAUUUGAUCUCAGGACUCUUCCUCCCGCUGGCACAUGAUGCCAUAGCUGAAGUGUGCUUGAUUUCAGGCUGAAAAAGUACCAGCUGCUGCUACCCACAGCACAAUUCGGAAGGGAAAAACUGGAUCAAUAGGGUCAGCUACACAAUGAACUUGCAUGAAUAAUUGCAGAUCAUAUCGUUUAAAGAUUUCACUUUCUAAUCUAGUGGUUGUGGGGGUUCAGUGCUUACAUCUGUUCUCAUAUUUGGCUGUAGGGAUUUUUAUGCUGCAGGAAGAAUACAGGUUCAUCCCUGGUAAUUUUUGGACCAUUUAAAAAGAAUUUUGGAUAUAAAGAUGUGUGUAUCUCUGGUAAGGUGUUACCUUCAAGAGUUCAGUACUUUAUGAAAAGAGUAGUUUCCAUGGAAUCAUUUGAUGUUAGCAUAACUGAGAACCAUGUUAAAUCUAGGAAUUAAGAUAGGGUGACCAAACAGCAAGUGUGAAAAACCGGGACAGGGGGUGAGGAAUAAUAGGAGCCUAUAUAAGAAAAAGACCCAAAAACUCUGGACUGUCCCUAUAAAAUUGGGAUAUCUGGUCACCCUAAAUUAAGAGCUUAAAGAAUGUGCUGAAAAAAACAACCCAAAGUGAUGGCCAUCUCAUUAUUCAGAGAGAUGCCUGGGGUUACAGCUCUGAUUCACAGUACCUUUAGGGAGAGUCACUCAGAAGAGGAGACUAAAACCUCAAUUAACAGUUUAGGGAAUAAUGUCCCUUAAUUAUAAAAUGAAGGCCGAAAACAUGCUUCUGGUCUGAGUCUUUGGUUUCAGUGAGACUAUUCGACCACUUCCAUGUCACCAUUUACCAGAAAGCACCAAUCCUCUUCUUUUGCAAGAACUGAAGAGCUUUAUAUUUUUCUUAACUUAGACUCAGCAAAGCUGGCUGGUGUCUCUAGCUAAAUUUUCCUCCUUCAUGUCAUAAAUGACCACUACAUAUUUUCUUUAUGGUUUGAGCAUUGGCCUGCUAAACCCAGGGUUGUGAG